GGACCAGCUCGGUCCGUUCCUGCCAGGGCCUGUCCCUCACACAGGCUACUAUGGCCGAUUCUCGCGUGUCGGCGUUGUCCGUUUACCGGAACCUGGAGGCUGAGAACGGGCUCUGCAAUCAGACUGAUGGACCUUCAAAUAAGACAAAUCAAGAAAAACAAAAACAUUCACUACAUUUAUCCAGGAGGAGGAAGAUAAUGAAGAAGAAACGAAAAUAUUUAAAAGUUAAACUGGAAUCCUCAUUAGAUAUUCAUGUUGUGAAUAAUGCCGAAAUACUACAUGGGAUAAAUGCCUGUGCCAGGAAGGACCCCAUGGGUUCCCGUGCUAAAAGAAAAAUUAUCAGCAAGCGGGUGCGUAAAGUUAAAAGGAUGAAGUUAAAGUCUAAGAAAUUUGAAGUACUGUCCAAUGAUGUUCCAACAAACUGUUCUACAGUCAAGAGCACAACAACCUUCAAGAGGACAUUUCCCACGAAACCUUUUGAAAGCAAAGAUGCAAGACCUUGGACAGGACCAUCGUUAUCAAUACUUCUUCGGGAUCUACGUCACAUACAGAACAGUAAGGAAAGAUCUGCUAAACUCUUUGAAUGGUUAAUAGCACCUGUUGCUCCAAAAAAGUUUUUCAGCGACAUUUGGGAAAAGACGCCAGCUUUGAUUAGGCGCCACAAUAGCAACUACUACAAAGGAUUAUUCUCCUCAGAAGAUUUUGACCGGAUUCUCAGAGAGGACCAUGUUAAUUUUGGAGUAAACCUGGAUGUAACAAGUUACUUCGAUGGGGAGAAAGAAACACAUACUCCUACUGGCAGGGCAUUACCUGUAGUGGUAUGGGACUUCUACAAGAAUGGAUGUUCUUUGCGGCUGAUGAAUCCUCAAGCCUUUUCCGGCACUGUUUGGAAUGUACUGUCUAUUCUUCAGGAGUCUUUUGGGAGCAUGGUUGGGGCUAAUGUUUACCUGACUCCUCCUGGGAACCAGGGAUUUGCACCACAUUAUGAUGACAUUGAAGCAUUUGUGAUUCAGCUGGAAGGUAAAAAGUGCUGGCGUGUCUAUGAUCCUAGAUCAAAUGAAGAUGUUCUUCCAAGUAUUCCAAGCCGUAACUUUACUCAGCAGGAAAUGGGCACUCCUAUUAUGGAUACUGUACUUGAAGCUGGGGAUAUGUUGUACUUUCCAAGAGGCUUUGUCCAUCAAGCAAACUGCUUGCCUGAAGUGUACUCCCUCCACAUCACCCUGUCAACUUACCAGAGGAACUCUUGGGGAGAUCUGCUAAAUAAACUUUUUCCUGGUGCCUUGGACUUGGCUAUAGAAGAUGAUGUAGAAUUCCGUGAGGGUUUGCCUCUUGAUUACCUGGAUUAUAUGGGAGUUCAGAACUCUGAAAGGGAAGAUGACCCACGGAGGGAAUCAUUUAAUAAAAAGGUUUAUAAUUUAAUGAGAAAGUUACUCAAAUAUGCACCAAUUGAUGCAGCUGUUGAUCAGAAAGCCAAAGAUUUUAUUCAUGAUUGCUUACCCCCUGUACUUACAAAAGAGGAAUUAGCGUGCACUGUGUAUAGUGCACCAGCUCGAUGGAGAGAUGGUGGGCCACGCAAUGUUGUUCUACAGAUUCGAGGAAGUACCCGGAUACGAAUGCUUCGCAGUAAUAUUGCUAGAUUAUGUGGUGAGAAUGGCAGCAUAUUGCUGUACUACACAAUAGAAAAUUCCAGAGAUUAUCACAAGGAAGAAGAAAAAUGCAUAGAAAUUGAUCCAGAGCUUGCUGAUGGGGUAGAGCUCCUGCUUUGUUCAUACCCACAAUAUAUAAAAGUUGAUAGUCUUCCAGGUGGAAGUCUGGAUGACAAGAUUUCCUUAGCGGCUGCUUUGUACGAGAAGGGUCUGUUGAUGACUGAAUAUCCACUGCUGCCUAAGAGGGACUAAUCUUUUAGUAGGAGAUGGACGUUUUAAAAGAGUUUCAUAUCCAAUUAUAAUCUAUUGCAAAUUUGCAUAUAAUUGUUCACUGUAUAAAAUACAUUUAAUUUAGAUGUGAUUUAAAUAGUUUUUUUCAUUCUGGCUAGUCUUAAAAGUUGCCCUUUUUUUAAGGUAAUAACUGGAUACUUGUAUCAAAAGAUGAACCAAGAUCAUACUGAGGAAUGAAUGCCUUAACUGUAAUAGCUGUGUAUUCAAUGAUUUGUGUCUUUACCCUACCCUGAAGCAUUCUGUGCAUUUUGCCAAACUUUCUAUGUGCAUGUACAGCAAAACAUUUAGAUUUAGUUAAGUAGAGACAUGCUCAACAUACAGAUGAGGAUUUAAGUUAUAGCUUUUAUAGUUAAUAUCACAAUGUGAGUGGGGGUGACAGUGCUCUGAAAAAAUAAUUAUUAAAACAAAUGAUUAACACUGAUAGCUCAGCAUCAACCUUGUGUGGAUGGGGGAGAAGAAUGAUCAGUACGUUUCAAAAAGAAAACAUGCAAUUUUUUGAAACUUUGCACAUCCUAUAUUUGAAGGGAUCUGGGCAAGGGUCUAAGACUAUUUGGUUAAUGCUUUCAAACAGCCAGCAACAAUCACGACAGACUGAUACUCUGAUGUAAGUUGAUACAAGCUCAGUUUUUGAAUUGGAUUUAUAAGCUGUAUCACCUAAGAACCACGAGAAUCAAACAAUCACAACAGGUAAGAUGUGAUGACAAGUGACUAGGGAUUUAUAGAGUCUUACAUGUCCCAGUUGCUUACAUGUUAAGCCACUGAUUAACAUUUUUAGAUGUGCUUUUUCUGUUUCAGGCCUGGUUCACACACAGCUCACUCUCCAAACAGCAAUGAGCUAAAUGAUAAGUUGAUCAGGUUUUAUUAAUGCUAGUUGAGGAAUGGAGUGAGACUAGCUCUUAAGAAGAAUUUAGUUACUCUUCUUAGUGUUGUGGGGUCUUUUACAGUCACCUUGAUCAACAGAUAGUUGCCUCGAUGUGAUGUCUCAUCCAAAAUACAGCGCAAUAUAGCACUCCCUCAAUACUGAACUGAAAAGUCAGAUGAGAUUGAAUAUUCUAGUACUGCAAUUUCCUGUCUUGGAGUCAGCUUGGUACCACUGAUCCAAGCUGACACUUCAUAAGACCAUAAGCUAUGGGAGCAGAAAUUAGGCCAUUCAGUUCAUCGAGUCUGCUCUGCCAUUUAAUCAUGGCUGAUAAGUUCCUCAAUCCCAUUCUCCCACGUUCUCCCCUUGAUCUCAAGAACCUAUCUAUCUCAGUCUUAUAUAUGCACAAUGACUUGGCCUCCACAGGUCAUUGGCAAUAAAUGGCAAUAAAUUUCAUACAUUCACUAUUAUCUGGCUGAAGACAUUUCUCCUUAUCUCUGUUUUUAAAAGGUCGCCUCGGGUCCUAGUCUUCCCUACCAAUGGAAACAUCUCAACAUCUACUUUGUCCAGGCCAUUCAGUAUUCCAUAUGUUUCAAUUAGAUCCCUUCUCAACUCUAUUGAGUAUAGGCCCAAAGUUCUCAAACCUUUUUCAUAUAUUAAGCAUUUCGUUCCUGGGACCAUUCGUGUGAACUUCCCCUGAAUUCGCUUCAGGGCCAAUACAUCCUUCCUGAGAUAUAGGGCCCAAAACUGCACACAAUACUCCAAAUGUGGUCUGACCAGAGCCUUAUCGUGCCUCGGAAGUAUAUCGCUGCUUUUAUAUUCAUAAGAACAGAAGAAAUAUCUGUCACUGUCACAGAUAGUUUAAUUCAGCUUGCACCAAAUUUGGAGGGAGUGUAUGGGGUGGUUAAAAGUGGACUUAUCUGGUUUAGACACAGGCUGAGCCAUCAAGGAAACCUUAUAAAGAAAAUUAAUGUCAUGAAAUGAAAAUGGAUGCUGAAAACAAAAUGCAGAUUUUAUAGGAUGUCAAAACUCUAAGGGUCGGAAACCGAUAAUGCGGCAUUACUUCAGCAGGGUAGCUAGAGUUGUUCAGCCAGUUUGUCGUCUCCUUGGACUUAUGGUUAACCUUUAAUAUAUCAAUCAUACCAAGCGCUUCAUAGAAGAGUUAGAAAAUAAAAGUUUGAACCCAAGCCACAUAAAAGGAUAUUAGGACAGGUGCAGUAAAGUAGAUGAGUUUAAAGACCAUAUCGCAAUGAAAGAUUGAUGUAGAAAGCUGAAUGUUUAUGACUCAGCUGGGGAUGCAGAAGCACCAGAAUUGAAGGAUCACUGAGUUCUCAGAACAUUUUUAUGUUUACGAAGUUGUAGAUUGAGAUGACUAUGGUAAUGCAGGGAGUUGAACUUAAAUGUUGGGAGUUACAAAAUCAGAACACAGCCAGAAGCCAAUUAGAAUGCUUAAUUCUGAAGGUGUUAGGAUGAUGGAUGAGGGGUUUAACAGCUGAUAAGCUAAUACAGUGGCUGAAACAGGCAAUAUUGUGGAGGAAUAUUGAAGAGUAUCUGAUUCAAGAAAACAGCAAAAGAUGAUGUUGGUGAUGGAGGAUAUGAAGUUUGAGGAGCAAUGUAGGAAUGCAGUCACUCAUUCCUCUGACAUUUGCUGAGCAGAUGAUUUAAAACAUAUAGUUUAUUGAAAGUGAAGAAAUGUGAACACAACCAGGAUAUGUUAGUGCUGGUGCUAGCUUCACACAGGAAUUGUCACUUUGAAGACUUAACUGCCAAUUUUAAUUCUUUCCUUCAAGUAAAUCAAAUUCUGUCCUUAGUGAUUGAUUUUGUUUCUAUGACAAUUCAUAUUGUACUCAUUAUCCUGGUUCCUGUUUGAGUACUUGCACUCACUUGAUAUAAGUGUUCUCAAAGUGGGGUUUCUGUUGCAUACUCUACUUGAAAGCUGAGCACCAUGGAGCAAACCAGUUUGAAAAGACUAUCAAAAGAAAUGUUUUCAAAAAUAUAAAAAUACAACAAUAUAAUGAGAAUAGUGUAUUACCAACUUUCCCGUUUUGUUUCCUGGGCUGGGUUGGACUUAGUCUGUAUUCAUACCAUUGUAAGCAAGAACAUGGUCAGGUUUUUGCUUUAAAGAUACAGGUUUGAGAUAGCAGAUUAUUAGCUUUGGGUCUGGGAAAAGGUACUGACUAGAAGGCUAUAAUAUCAGGAACACCUAUGGCCCACUGAUAGCCAUUUACUAUUGAUCCCACCAGCAUUCUCCCAUUAGGGAAUGGCACUGACCUUAUGCUAAACUGAAUUAUAUCUCCCUAGAGGCUCAAUGCUCCAAGAGCAGGCUGUCAGGAUCAUUAACAACCCUUGUGGCCUCAAUGCCUCUGCAGAUUUACCCUCCAGUUACCAAGGCCUACCUGCACUAGCCCAGCACGUAAAAUAAAAUUUCGGCAUAACCUGCAACAUGCUGUUUCAUUCCCUACACAGGGGAGGGGGCAGAUCUACUGGAUCCUGGUCAGAUUGGUUGGCCCUCAAAUGGAUAUCACAAAUGAAAUUAAUCCCACCUCUAGUUCCCCAGCAGGAUGAGGUUGGGACACACAUCUUGUCCUGACUUGAAGAUCAAUGGUCAACUAGCCACUCAUCUGUGUUUUAAUGAAAACACGUUAUUUCUAAAAUAGAAUACAAGUUUAUUAGUCCCUUUUUAUUAGAUUAGUUGCUUGCUAAGAACAUUUUUCCCUCCUGUUUUUUUGCAUCAGAUUUGAUGUUGUUAAACUUUCUCUUUUGAGCUUUUCUCCAGUAUUGUGGUAGGACUUGCUGUUCUGUUUUGUGAGUGCAUAUAUUCAUAAUAGGAUAAAUAUCCAUCUUUAUCGAUGUCAUCCUUUUCCAAAACUUCAUCUGUCAUUGCUGUACCAAAAGAAAGCAGUGAAGAUGUAACAGGUUAAUGGAUGGAGUGAGAUCAACCUUGAUCUGUACUUCAAACUUAGCUGUGUCUGCAACAGCAACUUACAGCAGACUCAGAAGCUUCCAGAGAAUUUAUGUUUAUAUUUAAAAUUGCUUCAACUUGGUCUAAGGUUUGAAAGGGAGAUUUGGCCUGGCAAUUGAACAGUCAUUUAGUCUCUCUGUUUUAAGAGCAGGGCAGGUGUCAGCAUUCCAAAACUGAGAGUUUAAACUGGUAAACAUUACAGGACCUAUACACAGUAUACAAGACCAAAUGGAGUUUCCCUUUUGGGAACUGUACAAAUCCAGGUGCAAAUUGCUCUUGUGCUAGUCUUCUAAUUUAAUUUGAUGGUUUAGAGUAAUUUGUGUAAAAAUGUAUUUGUUGUCAGUACAAUACAUUUAAACUUUGUUUUAGAGGCAUAAAGAUGCUGAUGGAUGUUUUCUGAAUGUUAUAAUUAAUAAAUAUUUAAAUUUGACAAAUGACCGCUGUAUAUCUAUGAAAUCCAUAAACUAAAUAUAAUUUUUUAAAAGAA